AUGCUUGUUGACAACCUGUUGCUUGCUGUAUACGUGCUAACCAUUUUCCUUGGAUUGCCCUCGAAUAUAAUGGUACUUUAUCUUUUCUUCAAGGAAGCCAGAAGCAGACUGACCCCCAACCUCAUCUACAUGAUCAACCUUUGCGUCUCCGACUUGGUUUUCAUCAUGGUUUUACCAAUAAAAAUCAUAGAGAUCUUUUCGAGUACAUGGACCCUUCCUCAGAUCCUGUGUCCGCUCUACAACCUCAUCCACUUCAGCACCAUUUACGCCAGUGUUUGCUUCCUGAGCGCCGUCAGCGUUGGCCGCUACUUGAGCACGGCUUUUCCAAUCAAAUACAAUAUUUACAAGAAGCCGAGGUAUUCGUGCCUUGUGUGUGUUAUUCUCUGGGUAAUUGUCAUUUUUCACAUGGCGUUUGUGUUCCUAGUGGAGACGUCCCAAAAUGGAAGCAUAGCGCUAUUUCUGACCAACCACGACAACACGUGGUUGUGCUAUGAAAAUUUCACCUCUGAACAACUGGCGUUGGUGGUUCCAGUAAGAUUCGAGAUCUCGAUCGUCUUGUAUUUCUUUCCUUUGGCCAUAACCCUUUUCUGCUACGUGUCUUGUAUCCGGAUCCUCAUGAGAUCCCGAAUGCAUGUCAAUCUAAAAAGGAAAGCCAUGCGCGUAGCAGUCACCACUCUGGUGGUAUUUAUUGUAUGUUUUGCCCCCUAUAACAUUUCUCACGUGGUGGGCUUUGUCAUUCAUGAGAGCGUUUGGUGGCGGAAAUGGGCUCUUCUGCCCAGUACGUGCAACGCCUUUCUGGAUCCCCUCAUCUUCUAUUUCAUUUCAUCAUCAAUGGACCAGGGUUUCUACCACAUGUGGAAGUCUCUGCAGCUGAAAUACAGCGUUUCAAGGAGAAAGUUUUCAUCUAUGUUCUCGAGGGAGCAACAGGGGAGUUCCAGAACACUGGGGGUGGCGGCAAUCUCAGCCACGGUGUAG